UGUCCGAGUCGCUACGCUGCUUAUUUAUUUAUUUACGUUUUGUUUUAGGGGUAUAUUUUAUAUAUCCAUCACCCUUUUCAGCACUUGAAUGACAUUCGAGUCUGAUACAUAUAUGCCUAAAAGCAAAGCCCCCAAAAUGGAUGAUUUGGACUACAUCCCGGCAGACCUGAGCCCAGAAGAGCGCUCAGAGCUGGAGGAGAUCCGUCGCAGGAAGGGUGCUCUGUUGCUGGAGAUCCAGAGGCUGAGAGAGGAGUUGCGGGAGGCCAUUAUAGAGGUUGAGGGACUAGAGAGCAGCACUGAGGGCAGUAAAACGCUACAGAAGAGUCGGCAUGUGGCCAUGGGCAGGAAAAAAUUCAACAUGGAUCCUAAAAAGGGCAUCGUGUUCCUCGUGGAGAACGAGCUCCUCAGACACACUCCAGAGGACAUCGCCCAGUUCCUGUACAAAGGAGAGGGGCUCAAUAAAACUGCCAUUGGCGACUACCUUGGAGAGAGAGAUGAGUUCAACAUUAGGGUGCUGCAGGCAUUUGUUGAUCUUCAUGAGUUCACGGAUCUUAACUUGGUUCAGGCUCUCAGGCAAUUUCUUUGGAGUUUCCGUUUGCCCGGUGAAGCCCAGAAAAUUGACAGGAUGAUGGAAGCGUUUGCUCAGAGAUACUGUCACUGCAACCCUGGAGUAUUUCAGAGCACAGACACCUGUUAUGUUCUGUCGUUUGCGAUCAUCAUGCUGAACACCAGUCUGCACAAUCCCAACGUGAGGGACAAACCAACAGUGGAGCGCUUCAUCAGCAUGAACCGAGGAAUCAACGAGGGAGGGGACCUGCCAGAGGAGCUGCUCAGAAAUCUGUAUGACAGCAUUAAGAAUGAGCCUUUUAAGAUCCCUGAGGAUGAUGGAAACGACUUGACUCACACCUUUUUCAACCCAGACAGAGAGGGCUGGCUGCUUAAACUGGGAGGUCGAGUGAAGACAUGGAAGAGACGGUGGUUUAUUCUGACUGAUAACUGCCUGUAUUACUUUGAGUACACUACGGAUAAAGAGCCAAGGGGUAUCAUUCCUCUGGAGAAUCUGAGUAUUCGGGAGGUGGAAGAUCCCAGAAAACCUAACUGUUUUGAGCUGUACAUCCCGAAUAACCGAGGGCAGCUCAUUAAAGCCUGUAAGACUGAGGCUGACGGCCGAGUGGUGGAGGGCAAUCACAUGGUCUACAGAAUCUCUGCCCCCACACCAGAGGAGAAGGAUGAGUGGAUCCACAGCAUCAAAUCUGCUGUGAGUGUGGACCCUUUCUACGAGAUGCUGGCUGCAAGGAAGAAACGCAUUUCCUUAAAAAAGAAAGAAGAGCAGCCUUAGGACACUUUCCCUCCUCUUCUACCACUUUCCUCUCAUCUUCCAUUCCAGCAGAGGACAGAAAUCAUCCCUCCAUCUUCUAAACCUUGAACGACACCUGUCCCCUCUUGUCCAGGCACUGGUCGUUUGCUCUCUUGCUGAGGGUGCAUAAGCUUCUUUUGGGACUACGAACUCCUACACUGAGCUGCUCGGCUCCGUUCCAGUGUUCACUUCACUUCCACGCUUGUGCCCUACACACUCUACCAGUAGAGUGUUCACUAUAUUAUCCACCUCCUCUCCACACACACUUUCUCCCUAGUACAGCUAUAUACUACACACUCCCAAACCAAGUUGCUUUAGUCUGUAGAUUGCUAGCAGAGAAAAGCUUGUUUCUCCAGAACCAGCAGCAUUCCCUGGGAGGAAACAGGAAAAGCAGGAUUGAUUCCUCUACACAAACAAUAAUGCUGGUGCUUAAUUUAUUUACUGAGAUCUCUCGUACUGGUGGUACCACAUUAUUGGAGUUGCAGCAACACAUUGUAUUCCAGAUUGUAGUAUUCAGCAACACUAAAUACUUUCCUCCUCUGUCCGGACCUGCAUACUCCAUCGACCAUCACAGCACUGUUCCUAGACACUACUUUACUUAAUACUUGUUUUACACACUACACACUGCUGGCCUUAUCCUCUACCCUAUUUCAUACUCACUACUGUUUUAUUCUGUUUGCUGGUCUUCCUCUCUCCUGCAUUAGACACUGUGAAUCACGUUGAAACACUAAUUAACUACAGGGUACACAACAGGGCCACUUCAUACAUCUCUCAAUCAUCUUCGUCUUCGUCAUCCUCUUCAGGGCCUGAUUUACUGAAGCCCCAAGCAUAGUUAAGCGUUACUGAUAUCUAAAUGUUUAUCAAAAUUGGUGAUUGGCCUGUAUGACUGUAUUGGCUUCGCUUUCAAAGAAAGCCAGAGCUCAAACGUUUGACUAGACUUGAGGUUUGCGUCAGUUAGGCCUUUUAAUUAAUUACUGGGCUUUUUUCUGCUUGUCUGAAAGCGUCUCUGUAUACUGACAGUAAUCCUCACUAGCUUUAUAUUACUUGUCUUGUUGAUGAAGGAGCCACAAAAGGCUGUUAUUUACGCCACAUAUCAGUUUUAGACCUUGAUGAAUAGUCACUUGUAAUCUCUCUUGUCUUGAUUGGAAAGUACAGUAGAUUUAGUUCUCAAACAGGCGUCACUUGACCAGGUGCAUUUUGUUCAGUUCACUUCUAUAAAAGGCUUGGGUUUUGUUUUCAUUAAACUGCCUGAGGACUGAGAGGCAGUAGGAGUGUGCUGCCAAAUAUUGUCCCCCAUGGAUCACAAGGAAUGCCGUGACCUCAUUUCCUGCAUAUAACAACAGGAAAUCAGCGUUGGCGGGCCGUGACAUUGUUAUGAUGACAAGUCUUUGAAUAGACCCGUUUUCCAAUAAAACAGUAAGCGUGCAGAAGAAUAGGUCUCUAAAAGUAGCUGCGGACUCCACCACCACCCUGCUUUAAACAGAGCCUUCUUUCUGAAUAUCAGUUUUCCCAGAAAUUCAAUAACAAAGAUCUGUCGCUCAUACUGUAUAUUUAGAGCCCAGACACUGAACAGUAGAGCUGAACUUAGGCUUGGAAAAUGGCGUUUCAAAACAUACCUCAACCAGAUACAGAAGCUUUCUCACGUUCGCCCGCUGUAAGCUGUGUUUCGGUCUUGGGCCGAAUGAAUGUGUGUGGAGGUUCUCUGUGUUACGAAAGACACUAAACUAUACGGUUACCAGUCAAAGGUUUGGACACCCCUACUCAGGAUUUUACCCAUUACUGUUUUACACAUUUUAGAAUAAGUGAAGUGAUCGUAGCUAUGAAAAGGAUUAUGCCAUUACCAAAUCUUAUUUUACAUUCUUCUUUGCCUUGACUGCUACAUGUCUAGACAUCAACUUUCCUGUUUUAUAUUUGUCUUAGAAGCAGAUUUCAAGCAUCUAAUUAACUGUUUAGGUGAGUCCAAACAUUUUACUGAAACUGUAUGUAUGUGUGAGUUGUGACCCCAUAGAGACGGUGCAGCUAAACUCCCAGUUUACUUACAUCAGAGGGCUUGAAGGAGCUCCAUGGCAGCUUGAAGUUGUGUAUUAUAUGUUGUCGUUUUCUUUUGUAAAUACAUGUUAGUAUAUAUGUUUACAACAUGCAUACAGAUGUUUAAUUUAUUGAUUUGCUUAGUUCCUUUUUGUCAACUUUUUGUCAACUUCUUUUUUUUCUUUCUUUUUUUUUAAAUGAUCAAGGAAUAGGGUUGCAUGUCAUGCUGAACUGAAGCAUAUUCCUUAAGAUUGAAUCAGAUAUAAUUGUAUUGGCUUUGUCUAAAGGGUCUAUUAGUGUUCCUUAUUUAUAAUGUAUGAUUUAUAUUAACAGCCAAUGAAGGCUGUUUUUUGCCCUAAAUUGUUGUUCUGAAUUAAUCACUGCUUAUAUACUAUGGUUAUGAUUGAGUAAUAUGAAAAUAAUUGAAUACAAAUUGAGUAUCCUUUACAGGUGUUUUAAAAAAACUGGUGAUAAUAAGGAACACUAAUAGUUCUCCAUAGGCUUCAGUAACAGCCUUGUAUUUAAGCUACGACUAAUUAUAAUGGUGAUGUUAAUGAUGAGAAUGAAAUGUAGCAGCAUUUUUUUUGUUUGUUUUUGCGUGAUUUUUAAAAUGGUUCCCUGCUAAUAUGAACACUGGCCUUCAGUGCUAAAUCUUUUUCUUGAAACCUCUAGAUUUAGGGUAGCCGUUACUGGAGUUAGAGUUCAUCGUAAAGGCACUUUAAUACCAGAGGGAGUGUCCUGAUGUCCAGGAACUGACCACAUGGUCACUGUGUCUCUGGCACCCUCUGCUGUGACACAGUAAUAUCUAAUAGUGUUUAAGCUCUGCCUUAGGUGGACAAAGGACACCUCACAACUAACAGAGCACAAGUAAUACCCACACUUCCACAGAGCUGAUUAUAGAAACUGUACCUAGUAAAA